GUCACGUUGUUCCUUAACGCACGUUCAAGUGGACGUCUCUGCUGCGUCAUUUGCGCGCCGCCUCGCUCCUGAUGCACCUCUUUUCCCGAAAGCCUAGAGAUAGAUGUUUCGAUUUCAGUCCUUGGAUGAAGACUGUACGCUGGAGGAGGAAGAUGAGGGAUUGAUAGAGGAAGAAGAUGAAAUCGAUCAGUUUAACGAUGACACGUUUGGAGCUGGGGCCAUUGAUGAUGACUGGCAAGAGGAACACAAACGCCUCGCUGAGCUUGAUGAGCGGGAUGGGCUAGGAGCAGAGGAGGGGGGGGGCGGAAUGGGAAAAGAAGCAGAUUUAGGAGGCACUGAGGACUCAUCCUCCACCCAUCCCCCUACCUCUACAAGCCAUCUUCCCCUUCCAUGUUCCCUCCCUUCACUUAGCUUCUCCUCAUCUUCCUCUGGACUGCCUCCAUCAGAUGUAGAGGAUCGAGGAGGGGAAGGUGAAUUGGCAGAGUCCCUGGCCAGACUCAUCCUGGAGGCCGACCCUGCCAUCGCUGGGGUCGGAGCAACUGAGAGGCCCUGUCCAUCCCUGAGCUCUUCAGGACCCGGCCUGUCCGCUCUGCAGGGACUGGACCGACCCAGAGUCCUGUCCCAGCACUCCUCCAUCCCACAUCCCACUCAACCACACCAGCAUCCCCAGCACCCCCAACACCAGCUGCCUCCUGGGCCCUCCACUUCAGGCCUUCCUCCUGGCCAUCAUCCAUCAUCAAUGCUCAGCUACCAGCAGCAGCAACACUUAAUGCGCAGCAGAGGGUCUGCUCCUAUCAGCCAGAUGAACUCUCACAGUAUCUGGGAGAACAGUAUGGGUUUUGGACCAGUCAGUGUUACCCCUGGACUGGUUACACACAUGGAGGAUAGUCCACUAAUGUCUAUAAUCAAAGAGGUGGGCCUUCCUAAAUUACCUCCUCAGGGUAGGAAUGAUGAAGGACGGGAUUUGUCAGAGAGGGUCCCACCUCCACGGUCUUCUUCCCCUGUGAUUGGCUCCCCUCCAGUGAGGGCAGUGCCUAUUGGGACCCCGCCCAAACAGCCAAUGAGCCAUGCACUGAAUCAUCAGACCCAUCAUCCCACAGCGGUUCAUGUGAGAGCCCCGGUCCAGCACAGAUACCCACCUCCUUUCCCUGAGCGUUUGUCACCCAACACCCUUCUCAAUAUAGCUAACUCUCCACUGUGUCGUGGUCCGUUCCCUCCUGGAGUUGGUCCGGUUCUGUCUCAGAUUCAGCGGGCCCAGCUGCUCAACUCUCAGGUGGCAGGUUUUGCCCGUGGCGGACCAGCACCUCCUUUGUUACCAGGUGGUGGAGGGUUCAGGCCAUAUUUCAGUGGACCUCCUCCUCCUCACGGUCACCGAAUGGGCCCACUGCCCCCUCAUGGCCCCCCCAACCACACGCCACCCAUCCGGCACAACACCACCCACCUCCACCCUCAGCACCGCCGCAUGCUCACCCAGCGUAUGCAGAGCAGAGGAGGGGAUCGUGGCAGGACUGGAGGGGACCGGCGCAGCAGGGACCCCUACAGUAAUCUGAUGACUCAGAAAGAGAAGGAGUGGGUAACCAAGAUCCAGAUGAUGCAGCUGCAAAGUACAGACCCAUAUCUGGAUGACUACUACUAUCAGAAUUACUAUGAAAAGAUGGAGAAACGUCAGGAGAGAGAGAGAGACAGCAGCAAGAAAGAACACACCACCAAACUCAUCACUCCACAGGUCGCCAAGGUUGAACACACCUAUAGACCAGUUCAGUUUGCAGGCUCUUUAGGUAAACUGACAGUCUCCAGUGUCAACAACCCCCGCAAGAUGAUUGAUGCUGUUGUGACAACUCGCACAGAUGAUGAGGAGAAAAGAGAGAAACAGGUUUGGAAUAAGAGGCGACAGAUCCUCUACACUGUGGAGAAGAUGUACAGUUUGCUGCUGGAGGUUCAAGACUUUGAGAAACGUUUUGUCCAAGCACCAGAAGAGGACAGGGAGGCUCUGCUGGAACAGCAUAAAACUAACACGGUGCAGCUGUGCAACUCUCUGCGGGAGAAGGAGUGGGACGACAGAGUAAGCGAUGAGCAGUGUGUGAUGAUCAUGUCAGUGAGGAAGGGCAAGCGGCUUAUAUCCAGGCUCCUCCCCUUCCUGCCCUCACCCCAGGCCACCGCCAUUGUCAUGGCGAUUGCACGUAACCUUCCUGCCCUGGCCAAGAAGGACAAGCAGGACCAGGUGCUGUGCUGGUUAAUGGAGCCAGUUUCUGCAGUGAUCCAAUCAUUGUCGAGCUCCGCCCUCACAGACUUGCUCCAGGAGCUUCAAGGCAAUGAGGGCCAACUCGCCACAGUACUGCACAACAAGUUUGGUGUGACUCUACUGUAUCUCAUCCUGAGUGAAGGAGAGAGGAUGCAGAGCUCAGACCCCAACUGUCAACUCAUGGAUGACAAUCGAUGGACUGAGUUGGUGUUUUCAGUGACCAGGGAGUUGCUCAGCGUGCCCUCCUCAUCCCUCUCUCCUCCUCUCUUCACCCCAUCCAACCUGCUCUCCCUCUUCUCACGCUACGUUGAUCGACAGAGGCUGGAGCUGUUACAGAACAAGCUACAGAUCUCUGCUUUGACCAGGUAGAAGUUACUACAGACAUCAACACAACCCCCUCCAUACUCGAUGCAGACCUUUUGUUUUGUGUGUGUGUCAGAGGAGUGAAUGGUGUGUGUUUGAGUGUUUUGAGGUGAAUCCAUGGUGGAUAAUUUUAAUCCAGCAGAAUCUCUAGUCACUUGUUUUUUUGUGUUUAGUCUCUGGUGUGUGUGUGUGUGUGUGUGUGUGCGUGUGCGCGUGUGCGCAUGAGAGAUGUAUAGUCUUGAGUGCUGAUAAAAAUGAAAUCUGCAUUUUUAAAUAUCUUGUUUACGAUUAUGCCUGUGAUGAAACUUCAAAUUAAAAGUAUUUCUAUUA